GUCCCCGCGGCGGCGGGCCGGUCAGUGUAGGUGAAGAUGGCGGUCCUGGCCCCGCUCUUGGCGCUGUUCUACUCGGUGCCCGGGCUCUGCCGCUGGCUGGCGCGGCCCUACUACCCGCUCUCGGCGCUGCUCUCCGCCGCCUUCCUGCUGGUGCGCAAGCUGCCGCCGCUCUGCCAGGGGCUGCCCACGCAGCGCGAGGACGGGAACCCCUGUGACUUCGACUGGCGGGAGGUGGAGAUCCUCAUGUUCCUCAGCGCCAUCGUGAUGAUGAAGAACCGCAGAUCCAUCACCGUGGAUCAGCACCUGGGGAACAUCUUCAUGUUCAGUAAAGUGGCCAACGUAAUCCUCUUCUUCCGGCUGGAUGUGCGGAUGGGGCUGCUCUACCUGACGCUCUGCAUAGUGUUCCUGAUGACCUGCAAGCCGCCUCUGUACCUGGGCCCAGAGUAUAUCAAAUACUUCAGCGAUAAAACCAUCGACGAGGAACUGGAGCGGGACAAGCGGGUGACCUGGAUUGUGGAGUUCUUUGCCAACUGGUCCAAUGAAUGCCAGUCGUUCGCGCCCAUCUACGCCGACCUGUCUCUCAAGUACAACUGCACGGGGCUCAACUUCGGCAAGGUGGACGUGGGCCGCUACCCCGAUGUCAGCACCAGGUACACAGUGAGCACCUCACCCCUCACCAAGCAGCUGCCCACCCUGAUCCUCUUCCAGGGCGGGAAGGAGGUGAUGCGCCGGCCGCAGAUCGACAAGAAGGGCCGGGCCGUCUCCUGGACCUUCUCCGAGGAGAACGUGAUCCGGGAGUUCAGCCUGAACGAGCUGUACCAGAAGGCCAAGAAACUGUUGAAGCAGCGAGACGAGGGGCCCAAGGAGCCACCGGAGCAGCAGGAUCCCCUGGUGGCCAGCACGGAGCUCCCCAACGGCGAGAGCAAGAAGGACAAAUAGACCUGCCUCGCUCCCUGUAGUUGCCCCCCCGCCCUCUCCCGGCAGCUGUUCCAUGGUGCCCAGCACAACCUGUCUCGAAGACGGUGACGAGGGGAGCUGCGUGAGGGAGUCACCACCCUCCCUCUGGGGCUCAGCCAUGCCCCAGCUCCCCAGUGGGCCAUGCUGGACUGUUCAUGUCUCUGUGGCAUCUUGUUUAUUCCUGUUCCUCUCUGGCAUCACUUCAAGAACUGGCUGCUGAUUGGCUGCAAGGGGUGGGCAGUGAUUGGUCCAGCAGGGGCUGGGGGUAGAAUUCCCCUAGGACUCUAGAGCAGCUGAGUUUAAGGGUGCACCCUCUCCCGGUUGAGUGGAAGCAGUGGGGGUGUGGAUGGAGAGUGUUGACUUGACCUGAACCAGCUUGGGGUGGGGGGGUAUUGCUGAUGGGCCCAACCACUUCUUCCUGGAAGAUAUUCUCUCCUUCCCCCCCCUUUUCUGUUUGCGGGUAAGGAGAUGCACGGGACUCUUCCCAGCCAUACGGUGCAUGUGUGGGGUGUAGGUCAGGUCCCCAUUGGACCUGUUCUCCCCCAUGGCUUGCUUGGGAGGGCUGUUGGCUAACCCAGUGGCUGGGAGAGAAGAGCUGGAGAGUAUGUGCUGCUCUGGGGGCAGCAGAGAAGCCUGAGCGUGUAACUCUCUCUGCCCAGCCCGGGGCUGGUGGGAACUGGUCUCUGCUGCUCUGGAGGACUCCUGGCCAGUGCCUGACUUCUGCCCCUUCCCCGCUGAAGAGCCACUACUAGUUUCCUUUCCCUUCCUUCCUGCUGGUCUUGAUUUAACCCUUCAUGUGCCAAAAGUCCGCUCCUGGGGCAAGGAGGGCAGGUGGUGCCAGGCUGAGUGUAGCACCUGAACUCCUUGUGAGCUGGAGGGGGGGAAUUGACUGGUUGGCCCUAGAAGGGCUCCCUGUUUCUGUGCCUGCAGCUGCCUGGGCCACUGCCCCUCCUGAAUCAUAGCAAGGGGCUCCUCAUCCCAGCCAUGAAGGGGAGAGGAAGUUGUGGUGGCUGAGCAGCUGUGGCUCCUAGGACAAAUACUCCAUGCUUCUGUUAAUCAUCUCUUCCUGUGACAGUGUCUGUAAUAAACCAAGCUAAGAAUGAACCCUC